UCCUUCUGCCCGUUAGCCCGCGGAGCCCCAGGCGGGGACGGUGAGGCUGGGGCUCCGGGAAGGCGGAGAGGGCGACGACCGAGGCUGGGAUGGCGAGCUCGGGGGCCCGCCGUGCCUGCUGAGGGGAACAGUCUCUCCGUUAUGGUGAUUAUCUUCAGAUGAAUAGCCUUUGCUGGCUGGAGUGAGCCUACAAUAAUGAGUGGUGCAGCUUUGGGACUUGAAAUUGUUUUUGUCUUUUUUCUGGCUUUGUUAAUACUUCAUCGAUAUGGAGACUUUAAGAAGCAGCAUAGACUUGUUAUUGUAGCAACACUACUUGCUUGGUAUCUCUGCUUUCUCAUAGUCUUCAUCCUGCCAUUGGAUGUUAGUACGACAAUAUACAACCGAUGCAAACAAGCUGCCAACUCUAGCCCUUCAGAAAACAACAGCAUAACUGGAUCUUACUCUGCAGUUGUCCCUGACAGAGGAAAACACCCGUGUUUCAAGCCAUGGAGCUAUAUCCCUGAUGGAAUCAUGCCAAUUUUCUGGCGUGUUGUAUAUUGGACAUCACAGUUUUUAACAUGGAUCCUAUUACCUUUUAUGCAGUCAUAUGCAAGAUCUGGAGGAUUUUCCAUCACUGGAAAGAUCAAAACAGCACUAAUUGAGAAUGCAAUCUAUUAUGGCACCUAUUUGCUGAUUUUUGGAGCAUUUUUAAUUUAUGUGGCAGUAAAUCCAAAUUUGCACUUAGAAUGGAACCAGCUUCAGACAAUUGGGAUAGCUGCUGCCAACACAUGGGGCUUGUUCCUCCUUGUUUUAUUGUUGGGGUAUGGCUUGGUGGAAAUUCCUCGAUCCCAUUGGAAUGGAGCUAAGAGGGGUUACCUACUCAUGAAGACAUAUUUCAAGGCUGCCAAACUGAUGACAGAGAAAGCAGAUGCAGAAGAGAAUUUAGAGGAUAUAAUGGAAGAAGUUCGAAAAGUGAAUGAAAGCAUAAAGUAUAACCACCCUUUGAGAAAAUGUGUUGAUACAAUAUUAAAAAAGUGUCCUACAGAAUACCAGGAAAAAAUGGGUAGGAACAUGGAUGACUAUGAAGACUUUGAUGAAAAACAUAAUACUUACCCAAGUGAGAAAAGUUUGGUUAAAUUGCAUAAACAGGUCAUUUAUUCAGUUCAGAGACACCGUCGUACACAAGUACAGUGGCGAAUUCUUUUGGAACAAGCAUUUUAUCUUGAAGAUGUGGCAAAAAAUGAAACCAGUGCUACUCGUCAGUUUGUUCAUACUUUUCAACCACAAGAGCCAGAAAACAGAUUUAUCCAGUAUUUUUAUAGUCCAACAGUUGAGUGGUACUGGGAAUGUCUCUUGAGGCCCUGGUUUUACAGGAUACUUGCUGUUGUUUUGGCCAUCUUCUCUGUGAUUGUCGUGUGGUCAGAAUGUACAUUCUUUAGCACUAAACCUGUCUUAUCCCUAUUUGCAGUCUUCAUACAACUGGCAGAAAAAACAUACAAUUAUAUAUAUAUCGAGAUUGCAUGUUUUCUUUCCAUCUUCUUCUUAAGUAUCUGUGUUUAUUCUACUGUCUUCAGGAUCCGUGUAUUUAACUAUUAUUAUUUAGCAUCACAUCACCAGACUGAUGCUUACAGUCUUCUCUUUAGUGGCAUGCUAUUCUGUCGUUUAACUCCCCCUUUGUGUCUAAAUUUUUUGGGCUUGACACACAUGGAUUCAACAAUUUCUCACCAGAAUACUCAGCCAACUGCUUAUACAUCAAUUAUGGGUUCCAUGAAAGUACUAUCUUUUAUUGCCGAUGGAUUCUAUAUUUAUUAUCCUAUGCUGGUUGUUAUUCUCUGUAUUGCUACUUAUUUUAGUUUAGGAACACGUUGUCUAAAUCUGCUAGGUUUUCAACAAUUCAUGGGAGAUAAUGAUAUGACAUCUGAUUUAGUUGAUGAAGGAAAAGAGUUAAUUAGGCGAGAGAAGAGAAAAAGGCAAAGGCAAGAAGAAGGUGAAAAUCGAAGAAGAGAAUGGAAGGAGCGUUAUGGAAACAAUCGAGAAGAUUCCACCAGGAAUAGAAAUAUUCAUACUGACCCAAAAGAGUCAAAUUAUGGAGAAACCAAUACCAAUAGACCAGUAUCUAAGUAUACAAGAUCUAAUAAUCGAACUGAAAGAGAUAGAAUUGAAUUACUCCAAGAUGCAGAGCCUCUGGAUUUUAAUGCAGAAACAUUCACUGAUGAUCCUCUUGAAUGUGAAUCAGGAAGGUAUCAAUCUGGUGGAAGGUAUCUGUCAAUGUCUCGAAGCCAAAUAUUUGAUGAUGUCUAAAGUUUGAAAAUAUUUAGGGGACAAUUAACUCUUUGAAGCCUGCAAAUCCAAGUCAUUUCUCAUGUUGUACAUUAUUGUAACAUCAGUGUACCCUCAGAAGUUGCUUUCUAUUUGGAAGAAGAAAAGUCAAGUUAGGGUAAAAAAAUGACACUGAGAAUUUACAACUUGUAUAAUAAUUUAUUUCUCAUCAAGUAGUAGAGAACCAUAUGCUUGUGGGAUUUAUUGCAUAUGAUGCAGCUUUUUGUGUGUUCUCUCAGUGGAUAAUGGGAAUGUCAGUUUAAUUCAUAUUAAAAAGUAGUCCAUGCAAAAACAUUUGUGUGUUUCAGAUUGGUUGAAAUGAAUCUUUUCUUCUGAAAAUUAGUUUAAAAAUAGUAAAUUAUCUGUAACCUCUAUCAUACACUACAGUAUUCUGUCAUUUGUGGAUAUAUUUUGUUCUUUUAAAAAGAAGAUAUUUUGUCAGCAUUUUUCAAGGAUAUGUAAUUGAAUGGAGAAAUCAAAUGAUCAUAUUCACAGAACUCAUAUCUUAGAACAUAAGACUUAUACAUGAUUCACAGAAUACAGUAAUCCUUCUGCUUCAACUUUAUAUACAAAUAAUUAAAUGUGUUUUGCAUGUGUAACUAAGAUAUUUCAAUUGGCAACACUAGCAUUUUUUUUUAGCAUGUGUAUAAUUAAGUGGUUUUUCCUUUUAAGGCUUUAAUAGAAGCUAAAAAUCUUUGUAGUUCCUUGUAUCGUUUUAAAUUGAUGGAGAUGAGUUUAAAAUUUCCCAAUUCAUUGCUUUUUUGUAUUCUUAAUUAACUCCUGAUCUUUCUGUUGAAGGGAAAAUAUAUGCAUUAUUACAAAUAUUUUUGAUAUCCAAAGAACAUGAAAAAAGAGAUCUGAGAUUUUUCAAGGUGCCUGUAUAUGAUGGUAAAGCUUUUACAAAAGACAUAUACUUAUUCCAUUCAAAACAAAAGAAUACUAAUUCAGAGGAUGUUAUAGAUUAGUACUUACAUUGUGGUUUAUGGAACGUGUCAAACAAAAGUAGAUUGUAUAUAAUUAUUAUUGGAUAAAUAUGCUUACUUAAAAUUUUUUUGGUUUGGUUUCAUGUUUAAGCCAAAGUUUAAAAACAGCGUCUUUAUUUUGCAGAGUGAACACGAACAAGUGAAAUCCUUGAAAUAUUUUCCACUUCUUACACAAUUUAAUAGGUUCUAUAUUUCUAGAAAAAUGGUGUUUCCCUGAGUUUUGAAAAAGCUUAAUUUUUUAAAAUUAGUAUUAUGUAAUUUUAUAAACAAUAUAAUGCAAAUACUCAAAGGAUUAUGGUUAACCCUAUUACCUAGAAUUUUUUAGUCAGUUUCUAUAAACAAUGAAACAAAAUACAUUCAAACUAAAUAUCAAUGGGAAGGUUUGCCACACUACAUUGAAAGUUUUAGGGGGGUAUUCUUAUUUGAAUCACAUUCUUGUCUUGUAAAGUGUGGCUGGUCAUAGAACAAGCAGUAAGCAGGAAAUGAUGCUUUGGCACUGAAAGUGGCAUGCACCACCAUGGAUUUCCUUUGGCAAGUUAUAACCUCACAGUGCCUAUUUUUCUUCAUUUGCAUAAUGAAGAUAAUCCUAUCUACCUCCCUCACAGGGAUAUUGUGAGGGUAUUAGAUUAACGUUCACAAUACUUCAAAGAACUGUAGCUGUCAUUUUAUCAUCAACUUCAUCUUCAUUACAAAUGAUACUUAAAAGUAUUGGAUGGAAAAAAUAUUCUUCACAAAAUGGACUCUGGACCUCUAGAUAAUAACUUUUUCCCUCUAAUUUAGGAAUAUAACUUGGUUGUUACUGCUACUGUUUUAUUUCAUAUGACUUUACUUCGGAAAUUUUCCAAAAAGUGUAUUGUUUUUUUUUCCCCAGGCUUUAUCAUAAACUCCAAAUGGCAGCAUAGACAGAGAGGAAAGAAAUAGAGAAGGCUUCCCAAUUAAUUAGGCUAUAAUCAGACUAUAUCAUCCCUUGAAAUGAGCUUAGAAAUAUGUGGAGGGGUGGAAGGAAGUAUGCCCUUCACUACAUUGCAGAUGUAGGAGGAAAGUAUAGAGAAACUUCUGUAUACAUAUACAUAAAUACCAGGGAAAAGAUGACCUAUGAGCCUGAGGUUAUUUUUAGGCAUUUGGGUUAUCUCUAAACUAAUUAUAUUAAUCAGUGUUGUUGCUUUUAAAACAGUUUGUCUUAAUGAGUUUUCGUUAAGUACUGUAUAGGAAACUUACCUUGUUGGCUAAGUAUCCUGCUGGUUGACCCUUGAACUUGAGGUAACAUUACAAAGUGGGUAGAGCACUGGAUUUCAGGUGUGGAAGAUGAGGAUUUAAUAUAGCCUCUGACUCUAGCAGUGUGACUAUAGUUAAAUCACUUAACUUGUAUGAACUUUUUUCCUCAAGUGUAAAAUUGCUAUGAGGUUUAAGCAAGAUUAUAUAUAUAUAAUGCUGUGAAAACUUUAAAGUACUAUAUGUGUUGAUUAUUAUUGUCUUCCUAUAGUAGAGUCUGCUGGUGAUAUUUUGGUCACUUCCCAAAGAUUCCUAGUUUAGAGAUCAGGGGUUAGUUACUCAAUGAACCAAGUUCAGAUCAUGGUACUGGAUAAUUUGAAGAUUUACAAAUGAAGUAAACUCUGUCUUGAGGAGUUUAUGGUCUAAUGGUAUGUUCUUCAGAACAUUAUUCUUAUAGUUAUGCUUUUUAUAUGCAGGGCAAAGAUUUCAAAGCAUGACUUACUCAUAGUGAUACCCCCUAUGUAAAAUGGAUUAGAUAUGACACUCUCCCAAAAUAACCAUUGGGUGGUGAUACCAUAUGAAUAAUUUAUAACACCCUUACUUUUAUUGUUUUCAAAAAUAGCAUGUAAGUUACUAGAUGCCACUUUGCUAAAAAAAAAAAAAAUUUGUUUUCUCCCCCCCACCCCAACCCCCACAUUGCAUUUUCUUAUAUCUUAUGAUCAAUGGGGCAUCACUGUGAAAACCUUAAAAUAGGUAAUAAACUAGGGAGACAGUGAGGUGUAGCUAAAAGAACACUGGGCAGGCUGCUAGGUACCAGACUUAGUUUCAGUUCUCCUGCUUAACUAGCUGUAUUGACACUGAGCAAGUCAUUUGUUUACUGACUUAACAUUCCCAUAUAUUUGUUUCAUUAUUUUUAUCUUUAAAACAGAAUGGUGGGACUAGAUGAUCUUUAUUUCCAAUUCUUGUUCUAACAUACUAUGAAAAUGUCUUCACUAUUACAUGGAAUUCCAUACCACAUAAAUACCUCCUCUUAGAUUACUUAAUCAUACAAAAAGACACUUAAACAAAAGUGAUCAGAGUGAAAUUAAACUUUUUAAGGACUGCCUUUGACAAAGAAUUUCCCAUUUAUUUAGGAAAAAUAGAAAAAUACAGAGCAUUGAACUAAAUACUAAUUAAUAAAUAAUUGGAUUAUAUGUAAUUUACUAUAUUUGGUCAAAUUGUUGGUACCAAAAUCUGAGUUGUAUAUGCUAAUUAAAUUGAUUAAAAGUGGUUCAAUUAUUUUAUCUUCCUCAAUUUAUUGUACUGUUUUUGAAAAUUUUAUAUAUUGACAAAAAUUUUUAAACACUCUUCUAUAAUGUAAUUCUAACUUAAAUUUAAAUAGUUUAUAAAAUUUUUAUUUGUUUAUGCUAAGAUUCAGAAAGUACUCAUAAUCUCAAUAAUUGGCAAAAACUCUUCUUAAACUUACCUUUCAGAGUAUAAGAGAUCUUCAUGAACUUGAAUCCCAUAGUUCUAGUUAAAUGAUAAUCAUAGUAAUGGAUUAUUUUUUAUUAAACUUCAAAUGUUAAGAGAUCGGUUUUCUAAGGCUUUCCUUGCAACAUCAGUUUAAAAAACUGUACUGCCAAUAUUUUUUUAAAAUACUCAUAUUAUCUUUAUCUCGCUUACUUAUGAAUAAUCAUUUAGAAAUUAUGUUCAGAACAUUGAAGAUUGUAGAAAGAACUGGUAUCUGACUUCCAAUUCCACUAUUGAGAGACAUUGUGUUAGAUGACUAAACUGAAUGUUAUUUAGGCACUUUAAUAUGCAUUUCUUCAGGUCAUAGGUUAGUACCAUAAAAUCUUAUUGUUGAACUUCAUUAUUUGAACAAAAAUUCUUGGCUUCUGAAUAAAGAAAUAACUGGUAAUAUUUGAAUAUUUUUAAGCCUUUUAAUUAUAGUAAUAAUGAAUAACUUCAUUACCAAAAGUAAAAACAUCAGUGAUUUAAAAGAAUGUAUUUCAUGGCUCAGAUUCCUUGUUCACAACAGGUCACUCUUGCCAGAAUAAGGAGUAAUUCUGCCUCUGUUAAAAUUGUCUCUUGCCAAGUGAUAGACCAUAAUAUAGCAAAGGUAGGGAGGCUCCACCAUGCUCCCUUGAUUAGGCAUUGUGAGUCCUGGAACCUGACCCUCUUCAGAAAAGGUCUACUUUGGGCACUAGGCUGUCCUUGAGUAUUUGGCACCUGAGAUUAUUCUGGUGCCCCUCUAGAGCCAGUGCUGAGGAGAUUUGAACUUCCCUCCUAAAUCAUUCCAAGCUUGCAAGGCUUUACUUUCAGAGAAUGUUAAUUUAAAUAUCACUAUGAUUUUUAUUUUCAAGACAGGGCUAGUUUAUUGAUAAAAAGGAAAUGACAAGCACUCGGUAUCUGAUCUAUAAGAAUACACUUUAUUUUCCAUAAAAAUUUUAGGUUAUAUUGCUAAUAUAAUCUUUGAAAAACUCACUUUUUUACAAUGACCUGAUAACCAUAACCCAUUCUGUUAUAAUUUGAUCGUCCUUUUUACAUGUGGUUAGAAGUGUCUUACUUUCACAGGACUGACAUGUGCAAUGGAAAACAGCACUUGUAGAAGUUGCACAGCAUGAGUUAAUUGUGGUAUUGUUCUUGUCACUGUGACCACCUAAAGUGCUAUAUAUUUAUCAACAUGAUACUAGCCAAUAUCUUUGCUCUUUAGCGGAUUAGGUUUUAGGUUUUUAUGGUGAUUGUUUCUUGGUAAAAUUUGCUUCUGACUACAUUGAAAAGUGUAGUGGAAUUUUCUAGUUUGAAAAUUACAGACAAAAUGCUGCCCAUUUGAAGGCAGGGGAUACGUAGAGUUGCCUUUUCAUUUCCUGCAGUCAAAUCUACAAAAGUGCUGUCACGUUGAUGCUCUUAUUCCUGGCAUUUUUUCUCUUCCAUCUUUGUAAAUAAGUUUUUUUGUUGCUUUCAAAUGAAAUGUUGAUGUUAUUGAACUUCUUCCCUAUAGCAGUGUUCUGCCAUUGUUAGUUGUACCUCUAGCUUCUUAAUUGUCUGAAAUUGAAACACUCCCCUGUUUCUUUAGCCCCUUUUAGGCUUACCAAAAUAUGCUGGGAAUCUAAUGUGUUGAAUGAACUACAUUGGUGUUACUGUUUCCAUUUUAAAGUGAUCAUAUGAAAAUCAAGUAAAGUAUUAGUUUAUUCAUCCUAAUGUGUAAAUCAGCUAGUGUGCGUCUGAGCACAUAAUUUGUCAGUGGGUUAGCUAUGAUUUGUGUGCACAAUGCCAAUGUUUUCUCCAGUCAGCCAAUAAUUACUACAUGAAAUUCAGUGACAGACUUUCUCCCACCUGAAACUCCUUCUGUUUGACUAGUUUGAUCUGAUCUAAAAUUUUGUUGUUUGGAAGUUUUAAUUAUUGUGCAAUUUUUGUGCUGUAAAAUUUUAGUGUAUUUUCAAUUGUGUAUUUUAAAAGACUGUAGAAGUGCUGUUUAUUAGCAAACUAGUAAUCUUUUGCCUUAUCUCUGCAUAAUAGCCUUCCAUUUUGGUUAUGGCAUACAAUAAAAAAUUUUUUCUGUACUAUGUUAAAUUAUUGAUGAUGUAAAUUUUUCAAAGAAUGUAUAUUUGAUCAGCUGUUUAAAUAUAGGUGAUUGUAGAUUUGCACGAAAUAAAAUCUUUCUAAAAUUA